UGUGAGUUUUACCAGCACUGGUGCAAUACGUACUAGAAAUUUGCGUUCCUUUUUCGCGAAAAGUUUGAAACAUUUUAAAGAAAACACCAUGGGGAAGAACAAAAAGAAGGGACCUCAACCUACACAUGCUGAGAUGAUGGUGAUGACUGUUUCCGAUAUUGUCAGUCAGCUCAUUGCAGCCCACGAACAAGGCAAAGAUGUCAACUUGAACAGGAUUAAGAGUGUAACAUCCCAGAAGUAUGGGCUGUCCUCCCAACCAAGACUUGUAGACAUCAUUGCUGCAGUGCCCUCAACAUACAAGAAGGUUCUUCUUCCGAAGCUGCGAGCAAAACCAAUUCGUACUGCCAGUGGGAUCGCUGUUGUUGCCGUGAUGUGCAAACCUCACAGGUGUCCCCACAUCAACAUGACAGGAAAUAUCUGCGUCUACUGCCCUGGUGGACCUGACUCUGAUUUUGAAUAUUCAACACAAUCAUACACUGGUUAUGAGCCAACCUCCAUGCGUGCUAUCAGAGCAAGGUACAACCCCUACUUACAAACAAGGCGCAGAGUUGAUCAGCUGAAGCAGCUGGGUCACAGCGUGGACAAAGUGGAGUUCAUUGUCAUGGGUGGUACGUUCAUGUCGCUAUCUGAAGACUACAGGGACUACUUCAUUCGCAAUCUUCAUGACGCGCUGUCCGGUCACACCAGUGAAAGUGUCGCAGAAGCUGUCAAGUACUCAGAGAGAAGCCUGACGAAGUGUAUUGGAAUCACCAUAGAGACGAGGCCAGACUACUGUCUACAAAGACACAUCAGUGACAUGCUGAAUUACGGCUGCACCCGUCUUGAGAUCGGGGUUCAGAGUGUCUACGAAGAUGUAGCAAGGGAUACGAAUCGUGGGCACACAGUUCAAGCAGUCUGCGAGUCGUUCAACUGGUGUAAAGAUGCUGGCUUCAAGGUGGUGACCCACAUGAUGCCAGAUCUUCCCAAUGUAGACAUGGAGAGAGACAUUGAGCAAUUCAUUGAAUAUUUUGAAAACCCGGCAUUCAGAUCCGACGGACUAAAGCUCUACCCGACCCUUGUGAUCAGAGGCACUGGGUUAUACGAGCUGUGGAAGACAGGACGCUACAAGAGCUACUCACCAGACAUGCUUAUUGACCUGGUUGCUAGGAUACUUGCCCUGGUGCCACCCUGGACCAGGGUGUACCGAGUGCAGAGAGACAUCCCGAUGCCCUUGGUCAGUUCCGGCGUCGAGCACGGCAAUCUCCGUGAGCUUGCUCUGGCUCGCAUGAAGGACCUGGGAACGCAGUGUCGGGAUGUAAGAACCAGAGAGGUUGGAAUCCAAGAGAUCCGUCAUAAAGUCAGGCCAUACGAGGUUGAGCUGAUCCGUCGGGAUUACUAUGCAAACGGAGGUUGGGAGACGUUCCUCUCGUACGAGGAUCCAGAACAGGACAUUCUGAUCGGCCUGCUGAGGCUGAGAAAGUGCUCCGACCAGACGUUCAGACCUGAGACGAAGGGGGGUGUCUCCAUCGUGCGAGAGCUUCACGUGUAUGGCAGUGUGGUUCCUGUCAGUUCCAGAGAUCCGAGUAAGUUCCAGCAUCAGGGUUUUGGGACUUUACUGAUGGAGGAGGCAGAGAGAAUUGCCUUGGAGGAGCAUGGAGCAUCUAAGAUUGCUGUCAUCUCAGGUGUUGGAACACGGAAUUACUACCGCAAGCUUGGUUAUGAGCUGGAUGGUCCCUACAUGUCUAAGAUGUUAUCACAGUACCAUCGAUUGCCAUGAUUAUCAUAGACACGAUGUUGCGUUGGCAACAAAAGAAAGAACGUUUCAUACAUGGCAAAGCAUGACAAGCCCCCAUCAUGUACCGUUGCAAAACUCGCCUGAGAAGUUAUCUUAACAUCAGUGGUUAACGCGAUGCGUCAUCAUAGACAUUUUGUUGGUAUGGCAACAAAAGAAGUUGCAGUGACAUUGUAUGUAGGGAAAUCUAUAAAAAGGUUCUACAUGCAUUCAUGGUCACAUUGUGAUUUUUCCAAUGAGCAGUGGAUUGUUUUGUUAUUUUUGUCAAAAGCAUGCAACAUUAAUGUCGUACAUUUUAACAGGACUUUUCAAGAAAGGGCGGGGGGCUGGGGAAGUGGGCAUGGGUACUUACGACUGGUUUCUUCCUAAUUUGUCUUCUCGAUGUUUGAGGUCACAACAGGUCAUGGCACUGCCAAAUACUGGAUGGCGCCAAGCUUUCAUUUCAAAAAUCACUAGUUUAAACUUCUAUUAAUUUUCAAGUUGUAUUUUUUUUUUCUAUUAAUUUCCUCAGAUUAUCAUGAAACUGUACACUUUCACACCGCACAACAAGCAAAGAAUUUCUAUUUUACUGCAUUAUGUAAAUGUUCCACACUUUAUUUAAAAUGUGUAUCUUAUAUAUUCCAUAAAGUUACAUAGUGCAAAGAAAUUGAAUCAUGCUAAAUAAAGACACAUGCCAUAACAUCA